AUGAUAAUGGCAGAAAUUGAAUUUAAUCCAAUUCUUAUUUAUAACGAGCUUGUAAAUUUGUGUGUUAAGCCACCAUUAAGUGGUAGAGUGAUUAGCAAUCAUAACUCAGCAAGUGCAGAUAAUUCCAAUAACAACAAUGUAAAUACUAAUGUUGGUGAUGCUCAAUUGGUUCCUUCUCUACGAAUCGAUUCAACUACUUUGUCAAAAGAAGUUAACAAAUUUCGUGCUUGUGAUGGAGUUUCAUGUAUUUAUUGUAGAGAAUGGGCUUCUUUAAUAUACAAGAAAAACUUAACUUGUGACCCGGUUCAUAUUUUAGAAUUUUUAGAAAUUAAAAAAUCUAAUUUAGAAAUUUCAAGGAAUAAUUUUCAUUUUUUGAAAAAAACCACCAAAAAACCAGCACAAUGCCAUCAUUCCAAGCCUGAUUGGAAAACUCCUUCAGAACUUGAUUCCGACCGAAAGAUUUUUAAUGAUCAUUUGAUAAGAGAAAAAAAUCACGAUAAAGAAUUACUUAAAACCGAUUUAGUUAAAGCGUGGCUGCAUCUUAACAAAAUUUUAACAAGCAUAACACAAUUGGAGGCGACUCGUGAUCUGAUACUUGGCAAAGGAUGCGUUGAAAAUUUAUCAAAGUUUAUGAAAGAGCACCGGGAUAAAACAAUUUCUUUCAAUGAACAUUGGACUCCUAUUGCUGAAACAUAUAAAAAAAAUAACAAGUCCAAGAAAUCAAAUAAUAAUAACAAUGCAACUUCAGCUGCAAAUGAUGUUGAAGAUAUAGAUGUAGCGUUUGGUGCUUUUACGAAUAAUUGCAGAAAUGCUAUUUCAUUAUUUAAGAAAUCCUUUAUUGAUAAAGCGUGUGAUAAUGCUGUUCAAUUUGGAGAGGAGGCGCAAGAUAUUUUAUUGGAUUUAAUAACGGAAGCAGAGAAACGAGUAACCGGUGAGGGAGUUUUAGAUUUUCACAGUGAUCUAUUGGAGAAAUGUAAUAAUGCCUUGAAAACGGUCAAAGAUAUAAAAUUGAUGAUAUUAAAAAGAAUUUCAAUUAUGCGAUCGGAGAUUGCCAAAAAAGAGAAUGAACUUAUUCAAGAGAUUGAUGCUUUAGAAAAUGGAUGGGCGAAUGAAUCACAAAAAACGUUGCAAGGACGGCUAGAGAAAGCCAAUAACAAAGAAUUUCGAAAGCGAAUUAAAAAGUUCGAGAGUGCUAUGCAAUCAAAAAGACAAUUUGUGGUAAAUUCAAUAAAUAACCUAUUAUCAACCAAAGAUUUCACAAGUAUUUGUAUAAGUUGUUUAGAGAUCUUUAUGAUGGAAGGUGAGGUUUUAGAAGCUAUGCAGCUUAGGAUACAUUAUGAAUCUUACGAUGAGAGGCUUAAAAAGUUAUCUUUUCAACGUGAAAUUUUAUUAAAAGAUUAUAGACAGGGUGUUGAUACUGAAACUUUUGCACGUUCGUUACCAGUUCCACCUGGUCUCGACAUGUAUACCAGAGAUAUAAAUCAAACACAACAAUCGGUAAAAUCAACAGCACCAAAACCUCCUCCACUAGCGAUGACAACACCACCACAAAUAAAACAAUUAUUAUCAACAGCACAGGAAUCAAUGCAAUCAAAUCAUCAAAGACAUGAUAAUUCUUUUAAUGAUUUUAAUUUUGAUGAUUUGGGUAAAUCUGAUUUGGUAUUACUUGUACAAAACUUGAUUAAUGAAAAGUCGCAAUUAGUUACUAUGCUUGUUUCGAUGCAACAAGACGUGAAAUUAAUUACCAAUUAUUCAUCAUUAUUACGUGAUCGUGAUCGUGAACUUCAAGCACUUCAAAUGAUGGAAGCACGUAAACAACUUGAAAUGGAGGAAGCAUUUAAAUAUAUUCAAAGGCUGGAAUUUCGUAUUGCUCAAUUAGAAAAUAACAAUAAUAAUAAAUCAUCGAUUGGCAAGAACAAAUACAAACCUCCACGGAGAAACCCUGCUACAAGCUCAAGGAUUCAAAGUGUCAGAUGUGGAAAUUGUGGUGAACAAGGACAUGUUAGUCAAGAUUGUAAGAUUGGGUGUAGAUAUUGCGGUGAUUUAAGACAUUUAAGCGAAUAUUGUACAACGGACAUUAAGCUUAUUUCAAGAUUCCAUCAUUCUGCAACUGUUCUUGACAAAACUAUUUAUAUGAUUGGUGGUCUAAGCUCUUUUGGUAAUAACGACAACAAUAAUAAUUUGUCACUGACAAAGAACCUUGUUGACUUUAACUUUUCUGAACUGGAGGAAGAAUUAAGUCCAAAAAUAAAAUUAUCAGAUCCAGCAGUAAAAUUAGUUGAUGUUAAAACGGGGACUGUCACAGUACCUGACAACAUUAAAGGUCAAACACCAGUGUCACGUUAUCAUCAUUCAACAACACUUAUUGAUAAUAAGAUCUAUAUAAUUGGUGGGCUGGAUAAAGAUAAUAAUCCUUUGUCAGAUAUUGCUUAUUUGGAUUUGUCAUCAAACACUUGGAUUUUAGUAAAUACUCAACAAUUUCCAAUAGCAGGUCAUUCAACAACAGCGAUAGAUCACUAUUUAAUAUCGUGUUUUGGUUUUAGUGGUAGUAAUAAGUUAACUAGUAAUUGCAAUGUUUAUGAUACUUCAAAUAGUUCUUAUUUAUCAAUUCAAAUCAACGGAAAUGAAAAUAACCGAGGAAAUAAUGAACUUUAUGCUUUAAAUACUUCAAAACUUCCAGCUUUAUUAUCCUGGACACCAAUAACAAUAAGUUCUAAAAUAAACCCUAAUAGAAAUCUCAUACCGUCACCACGUGGAGGCCAUACCGCUUUCACCAUUAACGACAAAAAAAAUAUUGGUAAUAAUGACGUAAUGAUGAUUUGGGGUGGUUACUCUGACAAUAAUUUGGUUGAUUCAGAAAUCUAUUUUUUUGAUGUGAAAUCUAGCUCAUGGAUUGACAUCUCUGAAACUGGAUACCUUGAUAAUAAUGACGUUUUACCUGAUAGCAACUCCGGUUCUAGAAGUUCUAACGUAGUGUUAAUAAUAGGUGGGAUUGUAAUUGCUGCCACAUUGCUUGUUAUAAUUAUAACAGUAGGACUUUUUUUAAUGCGUAAGAAAAUUAAAUUACAAAUUGACAAGGAUAUUCAAAAUGAUCCUUAUAUACGUCCCGGUGGUAAGCUUGGAAGUAAUUCGGAUUUAAGAGAAUCAACUCCACCUUUGUCACCUUCGAUAACGGAUGAUGAAAAUGAUUCAGAACCCACAGAAAAUCGUCAACUGUCUACUUCUAUUAGUUCAAAUAUUUCCAUGUCCGAUGCAAAAAAUAUGACAAACAUACCUGAUCUUCCUGUUCUUCCUUCUCCAGUCACGCCAAAAGAAACAUUACCUCACAAAAUCAAAAGAACGCAUAAACGUUCAUCGUCAGUUUCUUUAACUGCAUAUGAUAUGGCAAACAUUGCCCGGGCAAAAAAAUUUACAUUUCCAAUGUCACCUCUGCCCGUUGAAAACGUUUCCAAUGUUGCAAAAUCAUCAUCAUUGAAUUCCGAUCCAAAUAGAAACACAAAUACUCCAUUUAAAUGGAGAUCGACCGAUGAUGAACAAGAAGUGGUGGAUAAACGAGGCACUUCUUUAAGAAAUUCUAGUCACAGUAAUAAUAAUAAUAACUCACAAGAUGGUGAUUAUAUUAUUUAUGGUGAAUAUAUAGAUACAAUUAGAAAAUCCAAAAGAUCUUCAAAAAGAACAAGCAGAGUCUCAUUUGCACCCAUUGAUGAAAAAAUAGAAUAUAAUGAGUCGGAUUCAUCAAGAAGCGUAUCAUUAGCCAGAAUGUCUGGUAGGUUUUCAUAUCAAAGCAGUUCAUCAAGUAUCUCUACUUCACAUUCAAUUAUUGAAGAAGAAGAAGAGGAACUCGAUAAUAUUAGGGACAACAACAAUAGCAAUAAAAACAAACAUUCGCCAUCAACUCUCAAAGGUUUACGUUUAUAUGAUGAUCACACAGAUGAAUCUAAAAUAAGUAGAUUAUCUUUUAAUGUAUAUGAUUUCAAAAUAGAUGAUGUACCAAUGCCUGAAAAUUCAUCAACGAUAGCUUCAGCUACUGCUCCCGCUUCAAAAACAACCGAAAUUGCCAGAUAUUCGUGA